AUGGAUGGUGUCAAAAUGUGGUGUUGGAUCCAAUUCGUCCUAACAGUUUUUCACUACUUGGCUGGAGAAAUGGGAGCUGAACAGAGCUGUUGCGCCAAGAGAAACGAUGUCAAGCAGCAGACUGAGAGACAGAUCUCUCGAGUCCCUCGAAAGGAAGGAGAGAUUGUGAGCUUCACUAGUCCCCAUGAAACAACUGCUACAGCAGACAGGGUUGGCAUCGGGGCGUACUUUCAGAAGUGCUCGACUGAUCCGGGGGCCCUCCAAGUCAAGUCGUUGCUGACGAGCUCACCAGCGCACAAGUGCGGCAAGAUUCAGGUGGGAGACAUUAUACUCAAGGUCGAUGGCGAGAACGUGUACGGAAAGAAGCUCGCUGAAUUAGCAGAAGUUCUCCUUGGACCGACUGGAUCCAAGGUAGAGCUGGAGUUCAAAUCUAAGAACACCGGGAACACGUAUGAAGUCCUCCUCCUGAGGGGCAUUGCAAGCCUCAACUAA